CCGCCGCUGAACCAGUCAGUCGCUCAGCAGCUCUCGUUGUGAGAGCUUGUGUCUCUUUUCUCCCGAUCGCCUCCGCGUAUAUUCCCAACAAAACAUCGUUAAUAGUUAAAAUAAACUGUGACUGGUUUUAGUGCUUCGGUUCACGUGUCCCGCGGUUCCACCGGGAACAGCAGUCUGUUAACUGGAUCCGAUCUGGUUUUUGGUUCUUUUUGUUCCGUUCGCAAGUGCAAAAUGUGAUGUUAUGUGUGUUCAGCGAGCGUGCCGACCUGUGUAACGAUAAAAGCCUCAAAGUGAACUCAAUGCAUUUGAUGUGUGAAUGAUAUUUUGGAAAGAGACCUUUGAGGUGGAUUCACAACAUUUUGAGAUCUGGUGCAGCCAUGUCGCCCAGCCCGCGCCUACGUGAGGACAAUUUGAUGGACGGAUCAGCUCUCACGUGUAACUACAGGACUACAAUGGGCCUAAAUUCAGAUUCGACCAGCCAUAUCCAGACCAGACCUAGACGGAGAACUUCAGAGUUGGCGUGGCUGCGGCGCGGGCGCUGCGUCGCUUCUUUCUUCACCUGCAGUAUGUUCAUGGUGGUGCUGCUGUCGAUCGAGCUGCUGGCGUGGCGCAGCGGCGCGGCGGCGCUGGCCAACUGCCCCGGCGGCUGCAGCUGCAACGACGACACGCUGGUCGUGGUCUGCGAGGAGAGCCGCCUGGACGUGCUGCCCAUCGCGCUCAACCCCUCCAUCCAGCGCCUCAUCAUCCGCAACAACAAGAUCAAGACCAUCGACAGCUCCAUGCAGUUCUACGCGGAGCUGCAGCACCUCGACCUCUCCCAGAACCACCUCGUCAACAUCCCCAGCCGCAGCUUCGACAACCAGCGCAAGCUGCAGGAGCUGCACCUCAACCACAACAAGCUGUCGUCCGUCGCCAACUCCACGUUCCAGGGCCUCAACUCGCUCACGGUGCUCAACCUGAAGCGGAACUUCCUCGAGGAGCUGAACGACGGCGUGUUCACGACGCUGCCGCGGCUGGAGGAGCUCAACCUGGGCCAGAACCGCAUCUCGCGCCUGGAGCCGCGCGCCUUCGCCGGGCUGGCGGCGCUGCGCAUCCUGUACCUGGACGACAACCUGCUGAGCGCCGUGCCCACGCCGGCCUUCAGCCUGCUGGGCAGCCUGGCCGAGCUGCACGUGGGCCUCAACGCCUUCUCGCACCUCCCCGACGACGCCUUCGCCGGCCUCAACCGCCUCGCCGUGCUCGACCUGAACGGGGCCGGCCUCUUCAACAUCAGCGACAAUGCCUUCCGUGGUCUUCCCGGACUGAGGAGCCUCAACCUCUUCGGAAACAGAUUGAGCGUUGUGCCCACUCAGCAGUUAGCCGGCCUUACGAGAUUAGAGGAACUUUAUAUAGGUCAGAAUGACUUCUUGGCGCUCGAAAGCCACUCCUUCAAGGGGCUCAAAAACUUGAAGCUGCUGGACAUUUCGGGCGCGACGCAGCUUGAGCGGAUCGAGAAGGGCGUGUUCGAGGACAAUAUCAACUUGGAGACACUCGUGCUCGCCAACAACAAAAAGUUGUCUGUGAUCGAGGAUGGCUCGCUGAUCGGGCUGCCCAAGCUCAAGCACGUGACUCUGAGAGAUAACGCUAUCACGACUCUGACCGAGGCCAUAUUCGUGGGGAAAGAGCUGAAGCAGCUGGACCUGAGCGACAACCCGCUGUUCUGCGACUGCGCGGUGCUGUGGCUGCGCGAGCUGCUGGCGGCGCGCGGCAACCUCACGGCCGUGACGUGCGCCGCGCCCGAGCCGCUGCGGGACCGGCCCCUGCGCGCGCUGUCGGCCGACGAGCUGGGCUGCGUGCUGCACGACUCGCGCCAGCAGACCAUCAUCUGCGUGGUGGUGGCGGCCAGCGGCGCCGCCGUCGCCACGCUCGUGCUCAUCCUCUACCGCUACCGCAAGAACAUGCAGGAGAAGCUCAAGGACUACAAGUGGAACAAGCGCUCCAUGGGCAAGGACCUCGAGUACCACAAGCCCAUCUCCACGGAGGAGGACUGCAUCCUAGAGCUUUACGCCUCCCCGAGCGUGUUCUUCAUGUCCGGCGGCGGGCAGGGCUCGCGGCGGGCGCGGGGGGGCGGCGCGGGGGGCGCGGCGGGGGGCACGCUGCCCGCCAGCGGGUUCACGUACAUCGGCGGCGACACUCGGCCGCCGACGCUCAACAACGGCGCGCCGGCGCACCACCUCAACAACGGCUCGCUGCGGUCGCUGCCCGACAAGAAGAAGAACCGCGCCAACGGGCUCGUGUGCCACCCGGACAACUUCCAGCGCAACCUGGACCCGCGCUACUCGCGCAAGCAGGAGAACGGGUACGCGGGGGGGCGCGGGGGGCGCGGGGGCGGUGGGGGCGGCGCGGGGGGCGGGGGCUACGCCGAGCCCGAGUACUGCGUGAUCCCGGAGAGCUACGCGCGGCGCGACGACUGCCCGCGCUCGUGCUCGCACGCCAACACCUUCAACUGUUGAGUGUGCGUGAACUGAACUAUCUCUAUCGUUUGUGAUCUUGAAAUUCUAGCAAUAAAUCUUCAUUCCAUUAAGUUUCGUGCGGACAUGGACGUAGUGCUCUAGCGCGAAGUGUCGGCGCACGCUCGCGGGGACUAUCCUGCAUCGUAUUCGAUUUAAAAGAGUACCUUAUUUGUAAAUUAUAAAUUUAAGUAGUGAUCUAUUUUUCAAUAAGAUUUCGGGGAGACGCUGAAAGUUAGACUUUCAUGCGAGGAGCUCGUACAAUGUACAGACUAGUCGCGGUAAGUGAUCGCGGGCCGGCGCGGCACGAUACGACACGACACGACACGACGCCGGCACGACGCGGCCGCGGCCCGCGAUGUGUAUGAUUAACUUUACGAAAAAUGUGAUUUGUAUUAUUUCUACCAGUGCGGCGGAAUUAUAUUUUAUUUUGUAAAAAACCAUUCCAUGUGCAGUCUUUUUAAUAUUACCUUGUAUGUAUUUAUUUGGAUUUUGAUUGAUACGUGUGCGUAAAAGAUAAGACACCAAUAUGAUAAAGAAUAUUAUUAGGAAUAACGGUUGUAAAUACAUUUAUACUAUAUUGAAGAUAUUUAUAAAAUUUAAUACGAUCUUGUCCUUCUUAAUCUUAUCGUGAGAUUGUUUCGGGUUUAAGAUAUUGUAUAUUAUUUUGUCAUACGACUGAGGUACCUAUCCUAUACGAUUGAUACGUGGUCUACUGUCACUGUCACCCACUUAUACACUCUCGUAGGAGCAACCGCACCAAACAUUUUCAUAAUUCACUGGAAACAUUUCAGAAGUUUGUAAUUACUGAUUCAAUCAUGUUCGUAGAGUAUAAUGGGUAGAAGGACGGUUUCAUUGUCAGUUCGUAUUUUGAAACUGUUAUCUCAACAAACAACCUGUGAAGGCUUUUCAUUCAUUGGAAAAUCGAAUUUUUCUGUUCUUUAUCAUAACUUUAUCAUAGGUAUAGGUACAUAGUUAACACAAAUAAAGCAUGUGAGAGUGUAGUUGUGGUCAAUAAACGGAAUAUUACUAUAUUUUUUCUUUCCGGAAAAAUAUAAGUACCUACGUAUUUUUUGCCUUAUGAGGUUUUGUUGCCUUUUAACCAUUUAUCCUUCUAUCCAUUAUUUCUAUGAACAUAUCACUUACUUAGGUACUUACUACAUUUUCUUGUUACCCUUUUAUAAAACUGUAACAAUUUGUUAUUUUUGUUUUGAAAUACCUGUAAUCUACUUAUUAGUAAGCCUAUAUUUCUUAUGAAGGUAUAUCCCUAUUUCAUGUAAAUAUGGAGAAAUUAAAGACUAAGAUAUAUUUAGGGUCUAAUGAACUAACGAACGACAAAAUUAUUAUCAAUUUUGGUUUUGUUUUUAAAAAUACUACAGUACUAAAGUAAAGUAUUAGUAACUACUUUUAUAAUACCUAGAUGAUGUCUUCUUCAGUAAAAGAAUGGUCUUCUUAAACUAAAGUUUUAAUGUAAAUUGUAUAAAAUAGGUUUAUUUUAUUUAUAUGUGGUAUGUUUAUGAGUCGCUAAGCUUUUUACUGUAGGAGACUCAUUCAAGGAUCUAUGAUUUGUAAUUUAGUUUUUCUCAGGACACUUCACCUGUAAUUUAACAGCUCUUAUAUACCUAAUAAAACGAGGUUCAGGCUAGCAAUAAAAUAGUGACUUCUAUCGGUGCGUAAAUAAGUGUGGUGUGGCAAGACAAAACUCAUGAGUACUUACUGCAAUUUAUAUUGGGAGUCUAAACCUCGCUUAAGGCUCAAUAUGCACUUUCAUCGUAUUCGUAAUUAAAAGCAUAGGUUUUUCUACAUCGGAUGAACCCUGUAUUUAAUUCCUUGGGCUAUUUCAUCGUCCCUGCUAUGCUCAAACGGCAAACCCGAGGAGGGGACUAAAUAAUCGGGUUCCUCCUUAGGGUAACAAUGUACUAUUUUUCUAACCUGUAGUAAAUUACCCAUACUUAUACUAAUUUUUAAAAGCAAAACCAAAUUUCAAGUUGGUUCAAUCGUUCAAUCAGACCCAAAGACGUCACGUAUUGAACCAGUGUCGCGGCGUUGUCUAAAGUAUACAAAAAUGAUGAUACAUAUGAAAAAAUGUGAUUAGCGUAACACAAAACAUUGUAAUAGCUCAUGAUCGUUUCUGUACUUUAUUGUAGUUAUUACCUACAUACAAACUCGAUAAAUAUAACAUACCUCAAACUUA